AUGGAACUGUUAGCAGGCUUAGGUGUGCCUGUGUAGGUGAAUACAGCACGGCUUGGAACGCUGCUUGUCCAAUAAGCAUCCAGUAUCCAAACAACCCAUUUUAUAAUAGACAUUAAAGGUACAUUAGUGUCACCUGAAUGUGUUCUAAUUAGGACAUGGUCCUUUAUUUCACUGGUCUGUUUCUGUUCUGUUCUGUUAGGGAUAUAACUGACCGUGAUAAAAGCAUUCAACUGUGAUUUCUGCGUGUUUUAAGCUGCUGGGAAUGGGACUGGCUCACCCCCACUAAUACAGACAUAAAACUGUCUUCAAAGCAUUAGUUGAUUUAGGCAAACUCUCACUCAGACACACACACACAAGCUCAAACAUACACACUCACUCGCUCUCACUCAGAGGUACACACACAUUUACAAUAAUACAGAUAUUCUGACUUGCUUUAAUGCGCUUUAACAGACUCACUUACACACUAACUCAAACACAUGAGCUUAUUCUGAUUACUGGCUACAUUUAGACACACAUACACACACACACACACACACACACACACACACACACACACACAGGGAUUCAACCGAUAUACCUCUCGAAUGGUGUGGAUAGCAGUGAUGCAAUGUUACUGUAUGUCACACAGUCGGUUCUCACACACAUAUCAACUCUCCUUUCUCUCACUUCCUCUCCCACGCGCUGACACUCUAGAGCCUACAUUUCAUUGUCCCACUUAACCUACAUAUCCCACACAUCCAUUGUAUGUCUGAGUGACCCCAUAAUAGAGCAUAUACACCAGCCGUUACACAGAGCCGCAGAGCCGUUCAUCCACAGCCACUGUAACUGCAGGUGCUGGUCAAAUAUAGUGCAGUAUGUAGGCAAUAGGGUGCCAUUUGGGAUGCAGGCAGAGGCUCCCAGUCCUUAUCUACUGGCCCAGUGUGUACGCUGUGGCUUACACCAGAAAGUGGGCUGAUAACAAAGAAAGGAACUAGGCCACUGCAAUUACAUGUGGCGUUACUUUUUGUAAUUUUGUUUUUCUUUGGUGUGCGUGUGUGUGUGAAGCUGUGUAUGUGUGCUUGUCCGUGCUUGUGUGUGUUUGUGUGUGUGUGUGACUGUUUUGCACCCUGAUACUCUGCACCCUCAGGGCUCUGUUGUGUUUUCUCUUAUUCCCAUCGCUGGGUUGCAGCAAGGGACACUUUUCUCCCAGCAUCAGGAUGGUUCUUAUUUUUACACCACUAUUGUUUUCCCAUUUUCACUGUUUUGUUUUCUCUUCUUCUCUGUGUUAGAGAAAUACAUGUCCUCAUUCUCUGUGCCCCUCCCCCUCCCCCUUAACCAGUGGAAGCAGUAAAAAAAAAAAAACUGUUCUGAACUUUGUACCAACUGUUUUAGGGUCCAUACACAGAUCGUCUACAUACACAUCCAUAGGCAUACAGGUAUUUUUAUCCUCCACUACGCAAUAAGCAAUACAAAAGUUAGCUAGCUACGUUACUUCAGCUGCAUUGCGUGACAAACAUCUUCAAUCUCUAACAUUAACGUUACUACAAUAAAAAACAAUGAAAAGUCGGACAUGAACAGCAAGGCAAGCUUACUACACUGAACAAAAAUAUAAACGCAACAUGCAACAAUUUCAAAGAUUUUACUGAGUAACAGUUCAUAUAAGGAAAUCAGUCAACUGAAAUAAAUAAAUUAGGCCCCAAUCUAUGGAUUUCACAUGACUGGGAAUACAGAUAUGCAUCUGUUGGUCACAGAUACCUUAAAAAAAAGGUAGGGCCGUGGAUCAGAAAACCAGUCAAUUUCUGGUGUGACCACCAUUUGCCUCAUGCAGCGCGACACAUCUCCUUUGCAUAGAGUUGAUCAGGCUGUUGAUUGUGGCCUGUGGAAUGUUGGCCCACUGCUCUUCAAUGGCUGUGCAAAGUUGCUGGAUAUUGGCAGGAAUUGGAACACGCUGUCGUACACGUCGAUCCAGAGCAUCCCAAACAUGCUCAAGGGGUGACAUGUCUGGUGAGUAUGUAGGCCAGGGAAGAACUGGGACAUAUUCAGCUUCCAGGAAUUGUGUACAGAUCCUUGCGACAUGGGGCCGUGCAUUAUCAUGCUGAAACAUGAAGUUAUGGCGGCAGAUGAAUGGCACGACAAUGGGCAUCAGGAUCUUGUCAUGGUAUCUCUGUUCAUUCAAAUUGCCAUCGAUUAUAAUGCAAUUGUGUUCGUUGUCUGUAGCUUAUGCCUGCCCAUACUAUAACCCCACCGCCCCAAGGGGGCACUAUGUUCACAAUGUUGAUAUCAGCAAACCGCUCGCCCACGCGACACCAUACACACUGUCUGCCAUCCAGCGUGCCAGUGGUCAUCAAAGGUGAGCAUUUGCCCACUGAAGUCGGUUACGACGCCAAACUGCAGUCAGGUAAAGACCCUGGUGAGGACGACGAGCACGCAGAUGAGCUUCCCUGAGGCGGUUUCUGACAGUUUGUGCAGAAAUUAUUUGGUUGUGCAAACCCACAGUUUCAUCAGUUGUCCGGGUGGCUGGUCUCAGACGAUCCCGCAGGUGAAGAAGCCGGAUGUGGAGGUCCUCGGCUGGCGUGGUUACACGUGGUCUGCAGUUGUUAGGCUGGUUGGGCGUACUGCCAAAUUCUCUAAAAUGAUGCUGGAGGUGGCUUAUGGUAGAGAAAUUAACAUUCCAUUUCCGGCAACAGUUCUGGUGGACAUUCCUACAGUCAGCAUGCCAAUUGCACGCUUCGUCAAUACUUGAGACAGGUGGAUGGAUUAUCUUGGCAAAUGAGAAAUGCUCACUAACAGGGAUGUAAACAAAUUUGUGCACAACAUUUGAAAGACAUUUUUGUGCGUAUGGAACAUUUCUAGGAUAUUUUAUUUCAGCUCACUGAACAAAAAUAUAAACGCAACAUGCAACAAUUUCAAAGAUUUUACUGAGUUACAAUUCAUAUAAGGAAAUCAGUCAACUGAAAUAAAUAAAUUAGGCCCCAAUCUAUGGAUUUCACAUGACUGGGAAUACAGAUAUGCAUCUGUUGGUCACAGAUACCUUAAAAAAAGUUAGGGGCGUGGAUCAGAAAACCAGUCAAUUUCUGGUGUGACCACCAUUUGCCUCAUGCAGCGCGACACAUCUCCUUUGCAUAGACGGGACCGACACUUUACAUGUUGCGUUUACAUUUUUGUUCAGUGUAAAUUGUUUAUUCAAUUUGCAGUAUCGGUAAAUGCUUUAGCUAGAUUCUUUACAUCCACUGGGUUUCACAAGAUGACAGCCUGGUUUUCUGGUCAUUAAAACAUUUAACAACACGAAUUACAAUUCAUAUAAAUGUCAAACACCCAUAUAGCCAGAUAGCUUGUUAAAUAGCGAUGUUCGUAAAUGUAUUUUAUGACCAUAAAAUAGGCAUAAUCGUUUGUCUCUACAUAAAAAAACAUAUACUUAGUGUACAAAACAUUAGGAACACCUUCCUAGUAUUGAGUUGCACCCCCUUCUGCCCUCAGAACAGCCUCAAUUCGUCGGGCAUGGACUCUACAAGGUGUUGAAAGUACUCCACAGGGAGGCUGGCCCAAAUUGGCUGGAUGUCCUUUGGGUGGUGGACCAUUCUUGAUACACACGGGAAACUGUUGAGCGUGAAAAACCCAGCAGAGCUGCAGUUCUUGACACACUCAAAGCGGUGCGCCUGGAACCUACUACCAUACCCCAUUCAAAGGCACUUCAAUAUUUUGUCUUGCCCAUUCACCCUCUGAAUGGCACACAUACACAAUCCAUGUCUCAAUUGUCUCAUGGCUUAAAUAUUCCUCCCCUUCAUCUACACUGACUGAAGUGGAUUUAACAAGUGACAUCAACAAAGGAUCAUAGCUUUCACCUGGAUUCACCUGGUCAGUCUAUGCCAUGGAAAAGAGCAGGUAUUCCUAAUGUUUUGUGCACGCAGUGUAUUCCUCUUAACUGUAAAUAUUUUGCAGGAAUCAUUAUGAAGUUAUAAUUACUUACAUCUGCUUCCAUCCUGGUAUUUUUGUCAGCCAUUAUUCUUGAAGCAACUCCAGGGUUGGGUCGCAGAGCAUCAUGGGAGUUUUGGGAAACACUCAAUAGAAAGUCUGCAUCUCGAUUCGCUUUGUUUGGAGGGCCAACUAGAGGGCUGAAAAGGCAUUACGCCUCACUCAAAGUUCAAUUGGGAUACCACUACGCCUCGAUGGGGCUCGCGGGAUCGCGCAAAACGGAGGGGGCGGGCUAAGGGGGUGGGUUAAGGGGGGGUAUUGGGAUUGAGCCCAUGUAUUUCUCUGUCCUCCCCCCUUCCCAUCUCAGCCUCUCUUCAAGCUUACUAUCCAUCCCAGUGGAAUAAUGUCAGCAUUCAGCUGUAUAGAGCUUCAAUACAGCACAACAUGAAAUGUACAAAUAAGGUUUUUGUACUUGUAGACCCCAGACAUUGAUUCACUCAAGUGAGAGCUGUGAAACUGAUGGGGUGUAGAGAUGCCAGUGAAGGCUGUUGACUCACUCUGUCAUAACACACAUCUUCUUGAACUGUGUGUGAGUGUGUGCAUGCAUAAUAUGGCGAGUGUAUGAGUGUGUGUGUACAUCCACAGUGUGUGUGCAUGGGUGUGUUUGUGUGCUUCGAUGUAUGGUGUAGGGUGUAUGCUUUGACUGUGUGCCUGGCCUGCGUGAGAGUUCCUGCUGGUCUCAUUAGGUUAGUGUGUGUUGUGUCAUGUGACUCCUGUCCCUGUCCCUCCUCCAGUUCCCCGGACAUUGAUCCUGUCCAUGACAGGUGAGGGCAGGGAGGAGAGGUAAGUAGGGUGUGUCGCUGUCGGUGUCCAUCUGAUCCACCCACCCUUCUCAGCCUGGCCGAUGCCGCUACAGCUGCUUUGAUAACAAGUAGCCUUCUGGGUUCUGUGUAUUACUUUAGUGUUCUAUUAGGUUCAUGCAGGGAGGAGGACACAGAGGGCUCAAAGGGAUCUCCAGUUUCACUCUGACACUAUAGUAAAGGGAUACCCAAGCUGAAGCUGAGAGGCCAUUGUGUGUGUGUUUGUGUGCAUGUGUGUGGUUUUGAGAGUGUCAAACACAGGGCUUGUGUGAACUUUGCUGAAUAUAAAUCCACAUGUUGCUUUGUUUUAUACUGUAAUGUGAUGUUGUUAGUAGUAUCUUUGAUAGUUGCAGCUUCAGUAUGACAGUUUUCCCUUCUGACAUACAUCAUCUAAACCCCAGCCGCUCCUCUCCUCCUCUCCUCCUCUCCUCCUCUACUCUCCUUUCUGACUCUCCUCUCCUCCUCUCCUCUCUGAAUCCUCUCCUUCUCUCCUCCUCUACUCUCCUUUCUGACUCUCCUCUUCCUCCCUCCUCUCCUCUCCUCCUCUACUCUCCUCUCUGACUCUUCUCUCCUCCUCUCCUCUCCUCCUCUCCUCUCUGAAUCCUCUCCUCCUCUCCUACUCUCCUCUCCUACUCUCCUCUCCUACUCUCCUCUCCUCUCUGACUCUUCUCUCCUCCUCUCCUCUCUGACUCUCCUCUCCUCCUCUCCUCUCUGACUCUCCUCCUCUCCUCUCUGACUCUCCUCUCUGACUCUCCUUCUCUCCUCUCUGACUCCUCUCUGACUCUCCUUCUCUCCUCUUUGACUCUCAGCUAAUUUCGUCCUUGACCAGCCAAGAAUGACAUAACAUUUUGACAUUGCAGUUUCUUCCUCCUGUUUCAAUCUCUGUACUGUGGCUGUGCAUUCCUGAUGACAGCCAUGAUGUGACCAACCAGACACACACACACACAGACAGAUUCAGACACACACACACACCACAAACACACACACACACACACAGGGAAACCCGCUGUUUACCAUUACAGGACUCCACGCAUCAUUUCAUGCCACAGACAGAAACAUAUUUAUUCUCAGCCAGGCUCCCGAGAUAAGACUGCUGCUUCUGCUGCCUGCUGCGUUCAUGGAAUACCAGUCACCACGGUUACUCUCAUAUCCUACUCAGUUCAUAUUUUGUCAGGCCAUACCCUAUGUGAGGUAGCUACAGUGGGGAAAAAAGUAUUUAGUCAGCCACCAAUUGUGCAAGUUCUCCCACUUAAAAAGAUUAGAGAGGCCUGUAAUUUUCAUCAUAGGUAAACGUCAACUAUGACAGACAAAUUGAGAAUUUUUUUUUCCAGAAAAUCACAUUGUAGGAUUUUUAAUGAAUAUAUUUGCAAAUUAUGGUGGAAAAUAAGUAUUUGGUCACCUACAAACAAGCAAGAUUUCUGGCUCUCACAGACCUGUAACUUCUUCUUUAAGAGGCUCCUCUGUCCUCCACUCGUUACCUGUAUUAAUGGCACCUGUUUGAACUUGUUAUCAGUAUAAAAGACACCUGUCCACAACCUCAAACAGUCACACUCCAAACUCCACUAUGGCCAAGACCAAAGAGCUGUCAAAGGACACCAGAAACAAAAUUGUAGACCUGCACCAGGCUGGGAAGACUGAAUCUGCAAUAGGUAAGCAGCUUGGUUUGAAGAAAUCAACUGUGGGAGCAAUUAUUAGGAAAUGGAAGACAUACAAGACCACUGAUAAUCUCAACCCGUGGGGUCAAAAUGAUCACAAGAACGGUGAGCAAAAAUCCCAGAAACACACAGGGGGACCUAGUGAAUGACCUGCAGAGAGCUGGGACCAAAGUAACAAAGCCCACCAUCAGUAACACACUACGCCGCCAGGGACUCAAAUCAUGCAGUUCCAGACGUGUCCCCCUGCUUAAGCCAGUACAUGCCCAGGCCCGUCUGAAGUUUGCUAGAGUGCAUUUGAAUGAUCCAGAAGAGGAUUGGGAUAAUGUGAUAUGGUCAGAUGACUUUUUGGUAAAAACUCAACUCGUCGUGUUUGGAGGACAAAGAAUGCUGAGUUGCAUCCAAAGAACACCAUACCUACUGUGAAGCAUGGGAGUGGAAACAUCAUGCUUUGGGGCUGUUUUUCUGCAAAGGGACCAGGACGACUGAUCCGUGUAAAGGAAAGAAUGAAUGGGGCCAUGUAUCGUGAGAUUUUGAGUGAAAACCUCCUUCCAUCAGCAAGGGCAUUGAAGAUGAAACGUGGCUGGGUCUUUCAGCAUGACAAUGAUCCCAAACACACCGCCCGGGCAACGAAGGAGUGGCUUCGUAAGAAGCAUUUCAAGGUCCUGGAGUGGCCUAGCCAGUCUCCAGAUCUCAACCCCAUAGAAAAUCUUUGGAGGGAGUUGAAAGUCCGUGUUGCCCAGCGACAGCCCCAAAACAUCACUGCUCUAGAGGAGAUCUGCAUGGAGGAAUGGGCCAAAAUACCAGCAACAGUGUGUGAAAACCUUGUGAAGACUUACAGAAAACGUUUGACCUGUGUCAUUGCCAACAAAGUGUAUAUAACAAAGUAUUGAGAAACUUUUGUUAUUGACCAAAUACUUAUUUUCCACCAUAAUUUGCAAAUAAAUUCAUUAAAAAUCCUACAAUGUGAUUUUCUGGAUUUUUUUUUCUCAUUUUGUCUGUCAUAGUUGACGUGUACCUAUGAUGAAAAUUACAUGCCUCUCUCAUCUUUUUAAGUGGGAGAACUUGCACAAUUGGUGGCUGACUAAAUACUUUUUUUCCCCACUGUAUAUUCCUCUUCUACAUGGUGUGUGUGGAGGCAGUUUUAGAACACCCUUCUUUAACUGACCGCAUCUACUUCUCUCUCUUCUACUUGUUCUUGAGGAGGAACUGCAAGUGGACUUUUACCCCAUGUGGCCCUAGCUUCGUUCCCCUGUCCCUUAAAUUGUGCCCUCUCAUAAGUUAGUCCUGCACGGAGAGAGGGGAAGGGAGGUUGGAGAGAGGGGGGGGUGAGGCGAAGGGGUGAAGGUGCCUUUCUCUCUCUCUCUCUCUCUCUCUCUCUCUCUCUCUCUCUCUCUCUCUCUCUCUCUAACACGUGGGGUGAUGAAUAGCUACUGCCAGUGAAUGAAUUGCCCUGCUGUCGCCGGUUGUUCUCACACCUCACCACAAAUCAUUAUAAACACACACACCCAACCCACGGUCGGCUCUCAUACCUCACUACUGAUCAUUGCAUUAACUUGGCACUGGGAGGUGGGAGGGAGCGCAUCCAAACGCAAAGGCCCCUGGGAAAUCAGCCUACCGACAAUCACCUUGACCUGGCAGGACAGGGACACACACACCUAUACUGUACACACAAACACACAAACACAGACACACACACCUAUAAUGUACACACAGUGCCAGCUGGACACUUAGAGUAAAAACAAAAAUCCUCCCUGCCCCAGGUGUUCUCACUGACCUCUCCUCUGUAUUGUAGGUUAGCGGAGAGCCAUGCUAACCACUGACCCUUCCUCUCCCCCUGUCCUGUAUGUUUAUACUCCUCCCUGCUCCAGGCCCUCUCACUGACAGGUUAGCUGUAUUCCAGACUAGGGUUUAAUAUUUUCCCAGUAUUUUAAAUGUUCCAUCCCAAGAAUAAAUCACUUUUCUCCCAGGGUAACCCAGUAUUUCCUGUCAAAACCGGAAGUGUCAUUCAAAAGCAUUAUAAACUAUAUACUAUAAAUGGGCCUAUGUCUGAAUUUGAUUAGAGCUUUGAUUAAAACAAAUCAUGCCUGAUGCAAACUGAACCUGAAUAAAUACAUUUUAUGAGCCCUACAUUAAAAACAUUUAAUGAGCCCAAGCCCAAAAAAGCCCAAAUUAUUGUGCCAUUUCCAAUACAUAGGCUAUAUGAUAUAUACUGUACGCUACUGCACAUUACGCACAACAGAAAACAGAAAAGCCCAUAGAUAUAGGCCUCGCUAUGCUCUCUUGGGUAAAUAAAUUAAACAAGCUCCAGAAGGCUAAUCUUUUUGAGUGUAAAUUGUAUUACUGUACUGUGUUGUAUUAUACUGGACUGGAAUUACACACAUCGUUCAAACCAUGAUAAAGCAGGGAGAGAACAUGUGAUUCUUUUGCAGCACAUGCAGCCUACAAAGUUACAAGUAUAGACUAGCGAAUUUGAUUUGAAUUGUUCAUAAUAUUUCUCCUGAUGUUAUUAGCGUACCUCCUCUUUCUCUCUCUAGUGUUGCUUAAUUCCUUCCUCGCUUUCAACAGUUAAAUGAAAUAAGUUUUGUUGUCCUUAUCUUCAUCAUUCUAAUGACAUGCUUGAAUAUACAGUUGAAGUCGGAAGUUUACAUACACCUUAGCCAAAUACAUUUCAACUCAGUUUUUCACAAUUCCUGACAUUUAAUCCUAGUAAAAAUUCCCUGUUUUAGGUCAGUUAGGAUCACCACUUUAUUUUAAGAAUGUGAAAUGUCAGAAUAAUAGUAGAGAGAAUUAUUUAUUUCAGCUUUUAUUUAUUUCAUCACAUUCCCAGUGGGUCAGAAGUUUACAUACACUCAAUUAGUAUUUGGUAGCAUUGCCUUUAAAUUGUUUAACUUGGGUCAAACGUUUCAGGUAGCCUUCCACAAGCUUCCCACAAUAAGUUGGGUGAAUUUUGGGCCAUUCCUCCUGACAGAGCUGGUGUAACUGAGUCAGGUUUGUAGGCCUCCUUGCUCGCACACGCUUUUUCAGUUCUGCCCCACACAUUUUCUAUAGGAUUGAGGUCAGGGCUUUGUGAUGGCCACUCCAAUACCUUGACAUUGUUGUCCUUAAGCCAUUUUGCCACAACUUUGGAAGUAUGCUUGGGGUCAUUGUCCAUUUGGAAGACCCAUUUACGACCAAGCUUUAACUUCCUGACUGAUGUCUUGAGAUGUUGCUUCAAUAUAUCCACAUAAUUUUCCUUCCUCAUGAUGCUAUCUAUUUUGUGAAGUGCACCAGUCCCUCCUGCAGCAAAGCACCCCCACAGCAUGAUGCUGCCACCCCCGUGCUUCACGGUUGGGAUGGUGUUCUUCGGCUUGCAAGGUACCCCCUUUUUCCUCCAAACAUAACGAUGGUCAUUAUGGCCAAACAGUUAUAUUUUUGUUUCAUCAGACCAGAGGACAUUUCUCCAAAAAGUACGAUCUUUGUCCCCAUGUGCAGUUGCAAAUUGUAGUCUGGCUUUUUUAUGGCGGUUUUGGAGCAGUGGAUUCUUCCUUGCUGAGCGGCCUUUCAGGUUAUGUCGAUAUAGGACUUGUUUUACUGUGGAUAUAGAUACUUUUGUACCUGUUUCCUCCAGCAUCUUCACAAGGUCCUUUGCUGUUGUUCUGGGAUUGAUUUGCACUUUUCGCACCAAAGUACGAUCAUCUCUAGGAGACAGAACGUGUCUCCUUCCUGAGCGGUAUGACGGCUGCGUGGUCCCAUGGUGUUUAUACUUGCGUACUAUUGUUUGUACAGAUGAAUGUGGUACCUUCAGGUGCUUGGAAAUUGCUCCCAAUGAUGAACCAGACUUGUAGAGGUCUCAAUUUCUUUUUUCUGAGGUCUUGGCUGAUUUCUUUUGAUUUUCCCAUGAUGUCAAGCAAAGAGGCACUGAGUUUGAAGGUAGGCCUUGAAAUACAUCCACAGGUACACCUCCAAUUGACUCAAAUGAUGUCAAUUAUCAGAAGCUUCUAAAGCCAUGACAUCAUUUUCUGGAAUUUUGCAAGCUGUUUAAAGGCACAGUCAACUUAGUGUAUGUAAAUUUCUGACCCACUGGAAUUGUGAUACAGUGAAUUAUAAGUGAAAUAAUCUGUCUGUAAACAAUUGUUGGAAAAAUUACUUGUGUCAUGCACAAAGUAGAUGUCCUAACCGACUUGCCAAAACUAUAGUUUGUUAACAAGAAAUGUGUGGGAUGGUUGAAAAAUGUGUUUUAAUAAUCCCUCUUCGAAUAGUCUAUUGUUAUAAUAAAUGCUAAAAAAAUUAUGUCCAGCAAGCUAUUCUAAUCUAUAUUUUCCUGCGUGUGACUCCAAGAGCUAAAGAGCCUUUUUUAAAGAAAGGCCAGCAGAGCACAGGUGUGUGUGUAUUUUAAGUUAGAAGCUUAUUAUGCAUAAUCCAUCAUUCAUUAGCUAAAUAUAAGGCUAAUACUGCAUUGGAAUGUAUUACCUGAAAGAGGUAGGCUAGGACAUCUAUUUAUUAUCACAGCUCAGGCUAAGACACAGAUGCAGACACAGGAGGCAGAUAGUACGAGUCUCAGAGUUUAUUACAAUACAAGGGGCAGGCAAUCGGUAGGUCAAGGCAGGCAAGGGUCGUAAUCCAAAUCAGAGUCAGGCAGGUACAGGACGGCAGGCAGGAUCGGGGUCAGGACGGUCAGAACUGGGAAGACUAGAAAAAGCAAAACUAGAGCACAGGAAACACGGGAACACGCUGGUAGGACUUGACGGGACAUGACGAACUGGCAACAGACAAACAGAAAACACCAGUAUAAAUACAAAGGGGAUAGUGGGGACAAAUGGGAGACACCUGGUGGGGGGUGGAGACAAUCACAAGACAGGUGAAACAGAUCAGUGCGUGACAUUUAUAGGGCUAUAUACAGUGCAUUCAAGUCAGACCCCUUGACGUUUUCCACAUUUUGUUACGUUACAGCCUUAUUCUAAAAUUGAUUAAAUUGCUUUUUUUCCCUCAUCAAUCUACACACAAUACCCCAUAAUGACAAAGGGAAAACAGGUUUUUAGAAAUGUUUGCAAAGUUAUUAAAAAUAAAAAACAGAAAUACCUUAUUUACAUAUGUAUUCAGAACCAUUGCUAUGAAACUACAACUUGAUUGGCGUCCACCUGUAGUAAAUGCAAUUGAUUGGACAUGAUUUGGAAAGACACACACCUGUCUAUAUAAGGUCCCACAGUUGAUAGUGCAUGUCAGAGCAGAAACCAAGCCAUGAGGUCUAAAGAAUUGUCCGUAGAGCUCAGAGACAGGACUGUGUCAAGGCACAGAUCUGGGGAAGGGUACCAAAAAAUGUCUGCAGCAUUGAAGGUCCCCAAGAACACAGUGGCCUCCAUCAUUCUUAAAUGGAAGAAGUUUGGAACCACCUAUCCUUGAGCUGGCCGCCCGGCCAAACUGAGCAAUCGGGGGAGAAGGGCCUUGGUCAAGGAAGGUGACCAAGAACCCGAUGGUCUCUCUGACAGAGCUCCAGAGUUCCUCUGUGGAGAUGGGAGGACCUUCCAGAAGGACAACCAUCUCUGCAGCACUCCACCAAUCAGGCCUUUAUGAUAGAGUGGCCAGACGGAAGCCACUCCUCAGUAAAAGGCACAUGACAGCCCACUUGGAGUUUGCCAAAAGGCACCUGAAGGACUCUCAGACCAUGAGAAACAAGAUUCUCUGGUCUGAUGAAACCAAGAUAGAACUCUUUGCCCUUAAAGCCAAGCAUCACGUCUGGAGGAAACCUGGCACCAUCCCUACGGUGAAGCAUGGUGGUGGCAGCAUCAUGCUGUGGGGAUGUUUUUCAGCGGCAGGGACUGGGAGACUAGUCAGGAUCGAGGGAAAGAUGAACGGAGAAAAGUACAGAGAGAUCCUUGAUGAAAACCUGCUCCAGAGGGCUCAGGACCUCAGACUGGAGCGAAGGUUCACCUUCCAACAGGACAACGACCCUAAGCACACAGCCAAGACAAAGCAGAAGUUGCUUCGGCACAAGUCUCUGAAUGUCCUUGAGUGGCCUUUUAUUUUUAAUACAUUUGCAAACAUUUCUAAAAAUCUGUUUUUGCUUUGUCAUUCUGGGGUAUUGUGUGUAGAUUGAUGAGGGAAAAAAAACAAUUUAAUCAAUUUUAGAAUAUGGCUGUAAUGUAACAAAAUGUGGAAAAAGUCAAGAGGUCUGAAUACUUUCUGAAUGCAGUGUAUCAAUCUUGAACAGGAUGAUCUAUUUUGAAUGGAAUUGAUAGAGGGAGAGAAAGACUGCGAGAGAGUGCUCGUUCGUGCACUGAUUUAAAGCAAUGAUAUAGGUGUGUUUUAAAACUCUGUAGCUGCAAUAAAAAAAGUAAUCAUCUUUACAAUUAAAAAAUAAGGUGACCCUGGAAAGCCAGAUGGAGAUGUGUAAAAUAGAUGGGCAUUUAGUCUUUAUGUUACUGUAGCAUAGGCUAUGCUGCAGCAAAUGUAGCUGUCACAAUCAAAAAAAUUUUACUAUGAUGAGAUGAUAGGUUUACAUUCUGGAAUCUGGUCGGUCCCCACCCUGAGCAUUGAUGAUUCAUCAUGCAGUGGCCAGAGAGAAGGCCGUAGAGAAUCCAGAUUUAGACAUUGCAUAUAAUUUAACAGUUCCAUUUCACGUCAUGCUGUUCAUAUAAGUUAUUUAUUAUAAUUUACCGGUUUCUCUCAGUUAUUUAUCCCGGGAAAAGGGAGUGGUUUUGGGCGGUAAAUCUCGGUAACUGGGUUCCCACCAUUCAACCCUAUUCCAGACUGACCCCUCCUCUAUUCCUCUCCCCUGUCUCUAGGUUACCAGUUGGCCAAUCUGACGGGGGCUCGGUGGAGAGUGCAGGCAGACUGACCUCUAUCCACUAAACUCUCUUCUCCCCCUGUACUGUACUGUAGGUUACCAGAGGGCCAGUCUGACGGGGGCCCGGUGGUGAGUGCAGGCAGACUGCGGACCCUGGAGGAACAGUUGAUCAGAGCUAAGGAACAGAUAAACUCCUACCGCAGCCUGCCUGGAGAUGGUGAGACACUCACACGCAGGCACGCACACACACAAACCUGGACGCACACACACACACCUUGGAAAUGAGGACAGGAGGCAGUGAAGAGGAGUAUUCCCAGGCAGGAUUCCCUGUCCACUCCUCUUUCCUCGUAUUUCAGCCGGAAAUGUUCCAUCCUUUUCCUUCACUGUAACAUGAGCCACACACACAACUAUUUUCUGGGUCAGCUGCUUUCAUUGGCCUGCCACAAGCCUUCGUGUCAAAUGAAACAUUAUGAAAACAGGUUACAUGAAGACCGUUAAGGAAUGAUUACUAUGACUGUUAUUAUGUUGAGUAUGGAGAAACCUAAUAAACCUGAUACCUUUCUGAUACCUCAUUAAACAAUGCUUUAAAGCAGGUGUGCCAAACUCAUUUUGCACCGGGGAAGCAUUCGGUCUUCAAUGAGGUCCGGAGGGCUGCACUGAUGUUUUUUUAUGUCACCUCGCUGUUAAAAGUUGAAAGAAAUAGUCCUCCAUCCAGCGUUUUUGGAAUUUUCUAUGCUCCCUGACUGUCUAGCUUGACACAGUCAAUAAAAAUAUUAUCAUAUUAUCAUAGUACAUAUUUUUUUACUCAAACCACCCGCUCGCCGGAUUGGACAUCCACUGCUUUAAAGGCGACGUUAGGCUACUAUGCUCGUCGAUACAAUAGCAGGGCUACUCUGUCUCUGUACUUUGGCCCUGUCCUUGUAGUAGUAGCAUGCACUUAAUGACCUCUGUGACACGUAUUAGUCUGUGGCACUAUUCCCAUGAAGAGUAAAGGAGUAGGGGGAAGUGGGCCCUAGGCCUAGACACUGAUCUAAGGACAGUUUGCACUUUACCUUUUAAGGCACGAUGGCGGCCCACCUUUUGUAGGCCCGCGGACCAAUUUAGAAUAGCAGGAAAUUAACUUUAAAACGUAAUGUAAAACUGGAUGUGGGUACACAGACCCACAAGUCACUGCGGUCCCUCAUGAUGAGUUCCGUUUUUGGGGGAACUCAUUUUUUUAUUUAUUUUAUUUUAUUUCACCUUUAUUUAACCAGGUAAGCCAGUUGAGAACAAGUUCUCAUUUACAACUGCGACCUGGCCAAGAUAAAGCAAAGCAGUGCGAUAAAAACAAAACAUAAAGUCAAAAAAUAUAUAUACAGUGUGUGCAAAUGUAGCAAGUUAUGGAGGUAAGGCAAUAAAUAGGCCAUAGUGCAAAAUAAUUACAAUUAGUAUUAACACUGGAAUGAUAGAUGUGCAAGAGAUGAUGUGCAAAUAGAGAUACUGGGGUGCAAAUGAGCAAAAUAAAUAACAAUAUGGGGAUGAGGUAGUUGGGUGGGCUAAUUUCAAAUGGGCUGUGUACAGGUGCAGUGAUCGGUAAGGUGCUCUGUCAACUGAUGCUUAAAGUUAGGGAGAUAAGAGUCUCCAGCUUCAGAGAUUUUUUGCAGUUCGUUCCAGUCAUUGGCAGCAGAGAACUGGAAGGAAUGGCGGCCAAAGGAGGUGUUGGCUUUAGUGAUGACCAGUGAGAUAUACCUGCUGGAGUGCAUACUACGGGUGGGUGUUGCUAUGGUGACCAAUGAGCUAAGAUAAGGCGGGGAUUUGCCUAGCAGUGAUUUAUAGAUGGCCUGGAGCCAGUGGGUUUGGCGACGAAUAUGUAGUGAGGACCAGCCAACAAGAGCGUACAGGUCACAGUGGUGGGUAGUAUAUGGGGCUUUGGUGACAAAACGGAUGGCACUGUGAUAGACUACAUCCAAUUUGCUGAGUAGAGUGUUGGAGGCUAUUUUGUAAAUGACAUCGCCGAAGUCAAGGAUCGGUAGGAUAGUCAGUUUUACGAGGGCAUGUUUGGCAGCAUAAGUAAAGGAGGAUUUGUUGCGAAAUAGGAAGCCGGUUCUGGAUUUAACUUUGGAUUGGAGAUGCUUAAUGUGAGUCUGGAAGGAGAGUUUACAGUCUAACCAGACACCUAGGUAUUUGUAGUUGUCCACAUAGGUCAGACCCGUCGAGAGUAGUGAUUCUAGUCGGGUGGGCGGAUGCCAGCAGCGUACGAGGCUACGGAAGGAGUGGCAUUGAAGCUCGUUUGGAGGUUUGUUAACAGUGUCCAAUGAAGGGCCAGAUGUAUACAAAAUGGUGUCGUCUGCGUAGAGGUGGAUCUGAGAAUCACCAGCAGCAAGAGCGACAUCAUUGAUAUACACAGAGAAAAUAGUCGGCCAAAGAAUUGAACUCUGUGGCACCCCCAUAGAGACUGCCAUAGGUCCAGACAACAGGCCCUCCAAUUUGACACAUUGAACUCUAUCUGAGAAGUAGUUGGUGAACCAGGCGAGGCAGUCAUUUGAGAAACCAAGGCUAUUUAGUCUGCCAAUAAGAAUGCGGUGGUUGACAGAGUCGAAAGCCUUGCAUAGCGGAGAAGGUACGGUGUGAUUCGAAAUGGUCGGUGAUCUGUUUGUUAACUUGGCUUUCAAAAACUUUCGAAAGGCAGGGCAGGAUGGAUAUAGGUCUGUAACAGUUUGGAUCUAGAGUGUCACCCCCUUUGAAGAGGGGGAUGACCGCGGCAGCUGUCCAAUCUCUGGGGAUCUCAGACGUUACGAAAGAGAGGUUGAACAGGCUAGUAAUAGGGGUUGCGACAAUUUCGGCGGCUAAUAUUAGAAAGAAAGGGUCCAGAUUGGCUAGCCCAGAUGUUUUGUAGGGGUCCAGAUUUUGCAGCUCUUUCAGAACAUCAGCUGUCUGAAUUUGUGUGUGAAGGAGAAUCGGGGGGGGGCAACUUGCAGCGGAGGGUGCAGAGCUGUUGACCGGGGUAUUGGUAGCCAGGUGGAAAGCAUGGCAGGCCGUAGCAAAAUGCUUGUUGAAAUUCUCGAUUAUUAUAGAUUUAUCAGUGGUGAGAGUGUUUCCUAGCCUCAGUGCAGUGGGCAGCUGGGCGGAGGUGCUCUUAUUCUCCUUGGACUUUACAGUGUCCCAAAACUUUUUGGAGUUAGUGCUACAGGAUGCAAAUUUCUGUUUGAAAAAGCUAGCCUUUGCUUUCCUAACUGCUUGUGUAUAUUGGUUCCUUACUUCCCUGAAAAGUUGCAUGUCGCGGGGGCUAUUCGUUGCUAAUGCAGUACGCCACAGGAUGUUUUUGUGCUGGUCAAGGGCAGUCAAGUCUGAGGAGAACCAGGGGCUAUAUCUGUUCUUAGUUCUGCAUUUUUUGAAUGGGGCAUGCUUAUUUAAGAUUGAGAGGAAAGCCCUUUUAAAGAACAACCAGACAUCCUCUACUGACGGAAUGAGAUCGAUAUCCAUCCAGGAUACCUGGGCCAGGUCAAUUAGGAAGGCCUGCUCGCUAAAGUGUUUUAGGGAGCGUUCGACAGUGAUGAGGGGUGGUCGUUUGACCGCGGACCCGUUACGGACGCAGGCAAUAAGGCAGUGAUCACUGAGAUCCUGGUUGAACACAGCGGAGGUGUAUUUAGAGGGUAAAUUAGUCAGGAUGAUAUCUAUAAGGGUGCCCAUGUUUAUGGAUUUAGGGUUGUACCUGGUAGGUUCGUUGAUAAUUUGUGUGAGAUUGAGGGCAUCUAGUUUGGAUUGUAGGAUGGCCGGGGUGUUAAGCAUAUCCCAGUUUAGGUCACCAAGCAGUACGAACUCUGAGGAUAGAUGGGGGGCAAUCAAUUCACAAAUGGUGUCCACGGCACAGCUGGGGGCUGAGGGGCCAGACAAAAUUAAACGGGCCUAAUUAUAUAAUGAAUAUGACUUCGGAGGACAGAAAUGAUUAAAUAUUAAAGCAUUAGACCUAUCACUAAAAGCUUCAGUCAUACAAAAGUUAUACUUAAAUCCGAACUGGUUCUCUAGCAAAUUAGUAAGAUUGUCUCACCCAAUGUUCAAGAAUGGCCUUUUUCCCUUUAUUCAGAUUACAACCUCUCACUUUCAGUUAUUUCAAAAGGAAAUCAUCUCCCAAAUAUCACUAUUUCUAAAACAAGCCAUAGAAAGUUGGUUGUAAUUUCAAUUUAAUCCUCCAGAAACGACAGAACAAAUAAUGCAACAAAUAUUGUGGUUAAACUCAAAUAUACUAAUUGAUAAAAAACAUAUCUUUUUUUUGACAAAAUGUUUAAAAAAGGUAUAAUCUUCGUAAAUGAUCUCAUUGGUAGGACUGGUGGAGUCAUGUCGCACAUGCAGCUAACAAAAACAUAUGGAAAUGUCUGAUCUACCCAAAAUUACAACCAAAUAAUUGCAGCAUUACCGUGUGUAUAUAUGUGUAUAUGUGUGUGUAUGUAUAUGUAUAUAUAUGCAUAUAUUUGCGAGGAAAAAAAACAUAUGUUGGAUUGGAAGUGAUGCAGACAAUUACAUUGAUGGAAGUUACAAUCUAUCUGCAAUAUUAAAGCUGAUCUACCUCCUAAAAAGGUCGUUUUUGAUGAGUUUGAGCUUGGAGAAUGUGCGCUCUCCACUUGCCACUGUCACCGGGAGUGUGAGAAGAACUCUCAGGGCAACAAAGGCAAUGGGAUACAAGGAGGCCAUUUGGUGUCUGGAUAUGUACUCCAGUGCGUCGAGUGGUUUUGCCUCACUGUCCAGUCUCCUGCUCAAGACUUUGAGCUCAUUACACAGAACUUUUGCGUCGAUGUUCCUGGAAUCCCUGUAUGUAAGGGCCCUCUCCAGUGUUGCGCAGUCCCUGGUAAGUGCUGCAGUGUCCAUGUCCUUGAUGGUGGGGAUGUUGUAUAGGAUGCUGAAAAUACUGCUGUGCUCUUUGAGCUGUGUAAAGCGCUCGUUGACGGACUGGAUAGCAAAAUCAAGAAUCUGAUUAAAGAAAUGUACUUUGAAUUUCUGCUGAGGGUCAGUCACAGGCUCAUCCUCUCCCUCGUAGCCAAAUAGACUCCUCUUCUUCCUGGGACGGACCGUGGGCUGCACUGGGAAACAUGGCUCAAUACCGAUCUCCUCUACCAACUCUUUUGCGCUUGCUAAAGCGCCAGCGAAAGCUGCAUCGGAGCGGUAGUCUUGGAGGAAUACCCUGGUUGAGUUCAGUUGAGCCACUGCUAGUAAAAGGUUAAAACUCACCGCAUGCAAACUCUAACUGGUGAUGUUCACUUCGAACAAGAUGUCUUACCAAACGACCACUGCGCACAUGAAGCCAAAGUUAUUCAUCUUGGCGGCUAUGCUGUUUGCCUCCAACAUUGUUUUAGCACCACAGCUGCCUGUGAGCAUGGUGUCCGUGGUGAUCGACAACAGGGCAUCAUAAAUCUCCCAGAGUUGGUAACGCACAGGUUUUACAGCCUCCACUCGGCUCUUCCAUCUCGUGGCACUGAGGGGUUUCACUGUGAGUCCAUCUUUUACGUGCUCUUUCAAAACAUUCUAGCUGUGUGUAGAUCCGGAUAAAAAUGUAUAGAUCUCUUGGAUGGUGUUAAAAAACUCAGCCGCCUCCAAGCAACACGAUGCUGCAUCAGAGAGAACCAGGUUCAGCGAGUGUGCGCUGCAUGGCACAAAAAAGGCCAUUGGAUUGAUAUCCUGCACUCUCUUUUGAACUCCGCUGUGCCUCCCCCGCACAUUCGCCCCGUUGUCAUACCUCUGCCCUCUCAUGUCCAUGAUGGCGAUGCCAUGUUUCUGUAGUUUUGAGAUGAGCAACUCGGUCAUGCCUGCCCCCGUUGCAUCAAGCAGUUCACUAAACUCUAGGAACUGCUCUCUCUUGCGCACUAAUCCAUCAUCCUCGGUUGAAACUAAACGCACCACCAUGGUCAUCAGCUCUGUUUUGCUCGUGUCUUGUGUGCAGUCCAAAAUUAUAGAAAAAUAUUUGGCUGCUUUUAGAUCACUGCACACUGUCUGCUGGAUCUCUUGUGCCAGCAUGUCAAUGAUUUCUUUCUGGAUUCUUUUACCAAGGUACAGUGCCUUGCAAAAGUAUUCAUCCCCCUUGGCAUUUUUCCUAUUUUGUUGCGUUACAGCCUGUAAUUUAAAUAGAUUUUUCGGGGGAUUUCAUGUAAUGGUCAUACACAAAAUAGUCAAAAUUGGUGAAGUGAAAUGAAAAAAAUAACUUGUUUCAAAAAAUUCUAACAAAUUAAUAAUGGAAAAUGGGGCGUGCAUAUGUAUUCCCCCCUUUUGCUAUGAAGCCCCUAAAUAAGAUCUGGUGCAACCAAUUACCUUCAGAAGUCACAUAAUUAGUUAAAUAAACUUCACCUGUGUGCAAUAUAAGUGUCACGUGAUCUACACCUGUUCUGAAAGGCGCCAGAGUCUGCAACACCACUAAUAAGGGGCACCACCAAGCAAGCGGCACCAUGAAUACCAAGGAGCUCUCCAAACAGGUCAAGGACAGAGUUGUGGAGAAGUACAGAUCAUUGUUGGGUUAUAAAAAAAUGUCUGAAACUUUGAACAUCCCACGGAGCACCAUUAAAUCCAUUAUAAAAAAAUUGAAAGAAUAUGGCAUCACAACAAACCUGCCAAGAGAGGGCCGCCCACCAAAACUGGCAAGGAUGGCAUUAAUCAGAGAGGCAACAAAGAUACCAAAGAUAACACUGAAGGAGCUGCAAAGCUCCACAGCGGAGAUUGGAGUAUCUGUCCAUAGGACCACUUUAAGCCAAACACUCCACAUAGCUGGGCUUUACGGAAGGGUGGCCAGAAAAAAGCCAUUGCUUAAAGAAAAAAAUAAGCAAACACAUUUGGGAGACUCCCCAAACAUAUGGAAGAAGGUACUCUGGUCAGAUGAGACUAAAAUUGAGCUUUUUGGCCAUCAAGGAAAACGCUAUGUCUGGCGCAAACCCAACACCUCUCAUCACCCCAAGAACACCAUCCCCACAGUGAAGCAUGGUGGUGGCAGCAUCAUGCUGUGGGGAUGUUUUUCAUCAGCAGGGACUGGGAAACUGGUCAGAAUUGAAGGAAUGAUGGAUGGCGCUAAAUACAGGGAAAUUAUUUCAGUGUUCCAGAGAUUUGAGACUGGGACGGAGGUUCACGUUCCAGCAGGACAAUGACCCUAAGCAUACUGCUAAAGCAACACUUGAGUGGUUUAAGGGGAAACUUUUAAAUGUCUUGGAAUGGCGUUCUUAAAGCCCAGACCUCAAUCCAAUUGAGAAUCUGUGGUAUGACUUAAAGAUUACUGUACACCAGCGGAACCCAUUCAACUUGAAGGAGCUGGAGCAGUUUUGCCUUGAAGAAUGGGCAAAAAUCCCAGUGGCUAGAUGUGCCAAGUUUAUAGAGACAUACCCCAAGAGACUUGCAGCUGUAAUUUCUACAAAAGGUGGCUCUACAAAGUAUUGACUUUGGGGGGGUGAAUAGUUAUGCACACUCAAGUUUUCCGUUUUUUUGUCUUAUUUCUUGUUUGUUUCACCCCAAAAAAUAUUUUGGAUCUUCAAAGUGGUAGGCAUGUUGUGUAAAUCAAAUGAUAGAAACCCCAAAAAAAUCAAUUUUAAUUCCAGGUUGUAAGGCAACAAAAUAGGAAAAAUGCCAAGGGGGGUGAAUACUUUCGCAAGCCACUGUAGUGUAUGUGUUUCUUUGGACUGUACUCUCCUUACAUACUCCUUCAUGAUUCCAUCAAAGAUACCCAGCAUUUCCAUAAACGCAAUGUUCUGGGUGGCCAUUACGCGUAUCAGGGCUAUGAGCCUCUGCAGCACAUGCUGCCAGUGGAGAGUCUCUCUGUCAAUAGCCCGUUGGGCUUGGGCAUCGAUAGUUUGCUUGGACACUAGCCUGAUCUCCAGCUCCUUCCACCUUUGGAAACUACAGUGGGGGAAAAAGUAUUUAGUCAGCCACCAAUUGUGCAAGUUCUCCCACUUAAAAAGAUGAGAGAGGCCUGUAAUUUUCAUCAUAGGUACACGUCAACUAUGACAGACAAAAUGAGAGAAAAAAAUCCAGAAAAUCACAUUGUAGGAUUUUUAAUGAAUUUAUUUGCAAAUUAUGGUGGAAAAUAAGUAUUUGGUCAAUAACAAAAGUUUCUCAAUACUUUGUUAUAUACCCUUUGUUGGCAAUGACACAGGUCAAACGUUUUCUGUAAGUCUUCACAAGGUUUUCACACACUGUUGCUGGUAUUUUGGCCCAUUCCUCCAUGCAGAUCUCCUCUAGAGCAGUGAUGUUUUGGGGCUGUCGCUGGGCAACACGGACUUUCAACUCCCUCCAAAGAUUUUCUAUGGGGUUGAGAUCUGGAGACUGGCUAGGCCACUCCAGGACCUUGAAAUGCUUCUUACGAAGCCACUCCUUCGUUGCCCGGGCAGUGUGUUUGGGAUCAUUGUCAUGCUGAAAGACCCAGCCACGUUUCAUCUUCAAUGCCCUUGCUGAUGGAAGGAGGUUUUCACUCAAAAUCUCACGAUACAUGGCCCCAUUCAUUCUUUCCUUUACACGGAUCAGUUGUCCUGGUCCCUUUGCAGAAAAACAGCCCCAAAGCAUGAUGUUUCCACCCCCAUGCUUCACAGUAGGUAUGGUGUUCUUUGGAUGCAACUCAGCAUUCUUUGAGUUUUUACCAAAAAGUUCUAUUUUGGUUUCAUCUGACCAUAUGACAUUAUCCCAAUCCUCUUCUGGAUCAUCCAAAUGCACUCUAGCAAACUUCAGACGGGCCUGGACAUGUACUGGCUUAAGCAGGGGGACACGUCUGGCACUGCAGGAUUUGAGUCCCUGGCGGCGUAGUGUGUUACUGAUGGUAGGCUUUGUUACUUUGGUCCCAGCUCUCUGCAGGUCAUUCACUAGGUCCCCCCGUGUGGUUCUGGGAUUUUUGCUCACCGUUCUUGUGAUCAUUUUGACCCCACGGGGUGAGAUCUUGCGUGGAGCCCCAGAUCGAGGGAGAUUAUCAGUGGUCUUGUAUGUCUUCCAUUUCCUAAUAAUUGCUCCCACAGAUGAUUUCUUCAAACCAAGCUGCUUACCUAUUGCAGAUUCAGUCUUCCCAGCCUGGUGCAGGUCUACAAUUUAGUUUGACAGCUCUUUGGUCUUGGCCAUAGUGGAGUUUGGAGUGUGACUGUUUGAGGUUGUGGACAGGUGUCUUUUAUACUGAUAACAAGUUCAAACAGGUGCCAUUAAUACAGGUAACGAGUGGAGGACAGAGGAGCCUCUUAAAGAAGAAGUUACAGGUUUGUGAGAGCCAGAAAUCUUGCUUGUUUGUAGGUUACCAAAUACUUAUUUUCCACCAUAAUUUGCAAAUAAAUUCAUUAAAAAUCCUACAAUGUGAUUUUCUGGAGAAAAAAAAUCUCAAUUUGUCUGUCAUAGUUGACGUGUACCUAUGAUGAAAAUUACAGGCCUCUCUCAUCUUUUUAAGUGGGAGAACUUGCACAAUUGGUGGCUGACUAAAUACUUUUUUCCCCCACUGUAUCUAGGUGGUCAUGCGACUUCUCAUGCAAGCUGAGUGUCACGCCCUGACUCAGGGGACUCGUAUAUGUUGAGUCAGGGUGUGUAUAUUCUGUGUUGUGUUAUUCUAUGGUUGUCAUUCUAGUAUGUAUAGUUCUAUGUUGGCCGGUGUGGUUCCCAAUCAGAGGCAGCUGUCGCUCGUUGUCUCUGAUUGGAGAUCAUACUUAGGCAGCCUAUUGGCACUGUUGAGUUGUGGGAUCUUGUUCCGUGUAAGGUAUGUUGUGUGUUCUACCAUGGACUUCACGUUUCGUUGUUUUGUCGUGGUGUUUAUAAGUUAAUAAACAUGUACGUAUAUCACGCUGCGCCUUGGUCUGACCCGUCAUUGAACGAACUUGACAGAAGAUCCCACCAAACGAGGACCAAGCAGCGUGCCUAGGCGGAGCGAAUAGCCAUGUCACAGGUGGGCAAUUUGUGGUCAUGGGAAGAGAUAUUUGCGGGGAGAGGACCAUGGGCUAAGGUAGAUGCCCAGGCAGGAGAGGUGCAACGGCAACACGGAGGAGGCCGGUCGAGGAGGAUGCCCGAGAAGCAGCCCCAAUACAUUUUUUGGGAGGGGCACACAGGGUGGUUGGCGGAGCCUAGUGUCAGAGCCUAGUGUCAGAGCAGAGCCAACUCCCCGUACUCACGCGAGGAAGCGUAUGACUGGGCAGGCUCCGUGUUAUACGGAGCUACGUACUGUGUCGCCAGUGCGCCGGCACAGUCCUGUACGUCCUGUGCUUGCACCACGCACGUGCCGUGCGAAGAUGGGCAUCCAGCCAGGACGGGGUGUGCCGGCUCAACGCUCCUGGUCUCCAGUACGCCUCCUCGGUCCCGCAUAUCCUGCGCCAGUUCUACGAACUGUAUCGCCAGUGCGCGUGCACAGCCCAGUGCGUCCUGUGCUGAUGCCUCACACAUACUGUGCAGAAGUAGGCAUUCAGCCAGGACGGGUUGUGCCAGCUCUCCGCUCCAGACCUCCAGUCCGCCUCCACAGUCCGGCCCGGCCUGUUCCUGCUCCUCGCACCAAGCCAGUGGUGCGCGUCGCCAGCCCAGCCCGGCCUGUUCCUGCUCCUCGCACCAAGCCAGUGGUGCGUGUCGCCAGUCCGGCCUGUUCCUGCUCCUCGCACCAAGCCAGUGGUGCGCGUCGCCAGCCCGGCCCGGCCUGUUCCUGCUCCUCGCACCAAGCCAGUGGGGCAUGUUCCCAGUCCGGCCCGGCCUGUUCCUGCUCCUCGCACCAAGCCAGUGGUGUGUGCUCCCAGUCCGCCCCGGCCUGUUCCUGCUCCUCGCACCAAGCCAGGGGUGCGCGUUCCCAGUCCAGCUCGGCCUGUUCCUGCUCCUCGCACCAAGCCAGGGGUGCGCGUCGCCAGUCCGGUCCGGCCUGUUCCUGCUCCUCGCACCAAGCCAGUGGUGCGCGUCGCCAGUCCGGCCCGGCCUGUUCCUGCGCCUCGCACCAAGACAGUGGUGCGUGUUCCUGGGCAGGCUCCGUGUUAUGUGGAGCUACGUACUGUGUCGCCAGUGCGCCGGCACAGUCCUGUACGUCCUGUGCUUGCACCACGCACGUGCCGUGCGAAGAUGGGCAUCCAGCCAGGACGGGGUGUGCCGGCUCAACGCUCCUGGUCUCCAGUACGCCUCCUCGGUCCCGCAUAUCCUGCGCCAGUUCUACGAACUGUAUCGCCAGUGCGCGUGCACAGCCCAGUGCGUCCUGUGCUGAUGCCUCACACAUACUGUGCAGAAGUAGGCAUUCAGCCAGGACGGGUUGUGCCAGCUCUCCGCUCCAGACCUCCAGUCCGCCUCCACAGUCCGGCCCGGCCUGUUCCUGCUCCUUGCACCAAGCCAGUGGUGCGCGUCGCCAGCCCAGCCCGGCCUGUUCCUGCUCCUCGCACCAAGCCAGUGGUGCGUGUCGCCAGUCCGGCCUGUUCCUGCUCCUCGCACCAAGCCAGUGGUGCGCGUCGCCAGCCCGGCCCGGCCUGUUCCUGCUCCUCGCACCAAGCCAGUGGGGCAUGUUCCCAGUCCGGCCCGGCCUGUUCCUGCUCCUCGCACCAAGCCAGUGGUGUGUGCUCCCAGUCCGCCCCGGCCUGUUCCUGCUCCUCGCACCAAGCCAGGGGUGCGCGUUCCCAGUCCAGCUCGGCCUGUUCCUGCUCCUCGCACCAAGCCAGGGGUGCGCGUCGCCAGUCCGGUCCGGCCUGUUCCUGCUCCUCGCACCAAGCCAGUGGUGCGCGUCGCCAGUCCGGCCCGGCCUGUUCCUGCGCCUCGCACCAAGACAGUGGUGCGUGUUCCUGGGCAGGCUCCGUGUUAUGUGGAGCUACGUACUGUGUCGCCAGUGCGCCGGCACAGUCCUGUACGUCCUGUGCUUGCACCACGCACGUGCCGUGCGAAGAUGGGCAUCCAGCCAGGACGGGGUGUGCCGGCUCAACGCUCCUGGUCUCCAGUACGCCUCCUCGGUCCCGCAUAUCCUGCGCCAGUUCUACGAACUGUAUCGCCAGUGCGCGUGCACAGCCCAGUGCGUCCUGUACUGAUGCCUCACACAUACUAUGCAGAAGUAGGCAUUCAGCCAGGACGGGUUGUGCCAGCUCUCCGCUCCAGACCUGCAGUCCGCCUCCACAGUCCGGCCCGGCCUGUUCCUGCUAACUAUUAUAUACACUGUACGUAUAUCACGCUGCGCCUUGGUCUGACCCGUCAUUGAACGAACGUGACACUGAGGAGGUGGCACAGAUUCUUCCAGUCCCUGGUUCCAUGCCUGACCAGCGCAGAUUUGCACUCGUGUGAAAAAAGUUUGCAGCAAAAACAGAAGGCUGCAUCGUUUUGCUUGGAAUAGACAAGCCAUGGUCUCUCCACUCUCUCCCCCUUUGCCAUCCUUCUAUUGUAGUGGGCCACCGAAAACUUUCAUUGCCCCUCAUCUCUUGGGAAAUUCCCCCUCUUUAUCCUGAUGUGGCCCAGCCUGCACUAACAUAUAAGUAAAGAUCCAUUCAUAUAUUUUGGCCACUCACUGGGAUCUUUUAUGUUUUUUUCUGGGAGUUGGAUAUAGCAGCAGCACCACCACUGUCAUCGGGGACGGGGAGUGACGAAUCUGAAUCCGGGUCCAAGAUAGUAGGGUCUUCUCCGGCAUUGCUUGUAGGUGUGGCUAAGCCUGAUGCAACCACCUGUUCUUGUCCAGCCAGAGAGCUGUCAUCAUCAGUGGAAAUGCAUGGCUCGGACUCCUCCAGUUUGCCCUCUUCGCUGCUAGAAUCAGAGAACGGGGGCUCGUUGUUCUCAGCGAAUGAAUGGCCUGUCCUCUGAGGCUUGUCAUUCUCCACACCGGCUGAUGGACAUUGCUGCACGCUGAUAAAUGUCAGCAGCGGAUUUCUUUGGUUUAGAGACUGUCCUCUUUUCUCAUUCGUUUUUUAAAUUUUUAAUAUUCGCUUCCUGAUAGAUUUUGUCUCAUAGACAUGGUAGCAAAUUGUUUCAAAUCUCCAUAGAUUACUUUUAGCUAAAAUUAUGUCCACUAGUAGCAGCUAGCUAACAUUAACAGGCUAGGUUAGGCUACUGCCUUAAUCACUAAUCGUCUUCGUCAUACACAAACAUAAAAAACAAAACAAUAAUUUCAUUGGCAGAUUCAUUUUUAUUAAUGUUUCACAAUUGGAUAAUCCCAUAGAAACACACACAUCACCAUAGCUACCAAGGAUAGUGGGAGUGAACUUCGGGAGAAUGGGGUGAGGGCGGGAACUGCAGCAACGCAAUGAGAUGGUGGCUGGGGUGCCGUCGGCGGUGUAGCAGCCGAUCAGGGGCGCCGGAGGGCGGCAGCCAGUUUUCAAAAUGCCGCCCCAAAUGCAAGUGCCGCCAUAGGCGGUUGCCUAAUCUUGCCUAAUGAGAGGGCCGGCCCUGCCUCCACCCUAUGGUAAAAUAUGUAGAAUUGCAGGAAAUGUGUUAUACAAUUGCUAAAUCUUCUCUCCACCCCAUGGCAAAAUGUGUAGAAUUGCAGGAAAUGAACUUUAAAACUUAAAAACUACAAUGUUUUGCUGGCAGGGGAGGGGGAGGGUAUGGAUGUGGGUACGCAGACACACGAGCUACUGCAGCCCCUCAUGAUGAGUUCGUUUUCACCCCCAUCAAAGUUGCCCAUCUCUGCUUUAGGGUGAGAGUAAGUUAACCCUGGAUCUGUCUCUAAGAGCAAUUUGUAUUGUCCAUCGAAAUGGAUAUUUUUUUUUUGCUGUAGUCUGCAGGUUAGGGGUUAAGUGCCUUUCUCAAGGGAUUAGCUGACUGUGUGAUGUGAUGUCCUGUGUUCUUAGCUGAUCCAGGAUCUGUGUCUAAGGGCAACCGGUAUCUGGUGCUAGAGAAAAUCUCAGCUGACUAUGUGUGUCUGUAAUCGUAUAUGUGUGUUCUCCCAAAAUGCAUUUGAUUUCAUGAUAAAUAUGUUUGAAACAACCUUCCGUUGUCCUCCCUUUUUCCCUUCCUGUGUGUGAUAUUUUUUUUUUUUUCUUAUUUCCAGGGCCAGGUAGGAACCAGGAAGAGCUGCGGAGGAAGAUAGAGAACGGGGUGAAGGAGAUCUGGUACUUUGUCCGCAGUGAGGUCAAGAAGCUGGGUCACAUGGAGCAGGGGGACCUGCAGAAACACAUCGACACACUGCUGCAGGAGCUGGGACACCAGCAGAGGUAACACACACACACUCUCGUCUCACGCUCUCACGCAUACAGACACACACACACACACAGACACAAACACAGACACACACACACACACUUUGCUACAGGACCUGGGGCACCAGCAGAGGUCACGCGCACACACACUCUCGUCUCACGCACACACACACGCACAAAGACACACACAUAUUUCUCCUUUAAGGAGCAUAGGCCGUUGACGAAUGUCCUCCAUCUCACUCGGUUUGGGGCAAGUUUUUCUAGGUCGCAUCAGUUGUUGCCGCUCAAAAAUGGAAAGUGUCCUCUCGUCUAUCACACACAGAGACACACGUUUACACCAGAACACACAUGGAUAACGUGUUACAUAAUACACCAUGGGAGCCUUGCAACGUUAUGACCCAGCUGUGAUCUCUAACCUCUAACCCUAUGUUAAUGUGUGUGUGUGUGUGUGUGCGCGUGUUGACCCCAGGUCCAUCAUGACUGACCUGCACUACCUGAGCCAGGCUGAUGGAGCAGGAGACUGGAGAGAGAAGGAGGCCAAGGACCUGUCUGACCUGGUACAGAACAGGAUCACAUACCUCCAGGUACAGUAAUGUCCACAACACAGCUCAACACCUAGUACACAUAUGGACACCCACAGUAGAGCAGGAUGGCCUUUUACCACACACCAGGGACUGGUUAGAAUCCACAUAGGGAUAUUCCACACAUCACUUUAGCUGAUCGAUUAAACAAUCAAUCAAAAUCGGUACAGCUUUUAUUAUAGCCAUUUCUGUCACAGUAAUGCUGGUCUGUACUGUGUGUGUGGGCUGAGCAGGUCUGUAUGGAGAGGCAGGUAGAGUUCCCCUCUGUCAGGGGUACACACACCCCUCUGACGGUAACACCCCCCCCCCCGUCAGUGUACUGUAUAACAGGAUUAAAACAGCUAAGGAUGUGAUUGUCUACCUUCUCUGCUGUUAGUUGGGCUUAUAUCUGCAGAUUCAGCAAGAUGCUUCUCUCCCUCCUCCUGACACGCUUGUAAUGAUGUUGUUGGUGCCAGGCCUCACGACAAAGUCAUACCUGCUGUAUGUCUCGUAAAGAAGUAGAGCUAGCUAGGUUAAGCAACUUUGUUCUGUUUGUGAGAGUGACAAGAAUCCAAACUGUGUCCGUUUACUAAUAUAUUAUAGAAAAUGGGCGUUCAUGUGUGGAAGUGUGCAUGGGUGUUUGUGCGAAUGCAUAUGAACAAAUAUUGUCACAUACACCAGAUAGGUGCAGUGAAAUGUGUUGUUUUACAGGGUCAGCCAUAGUAGCUCGACGCCUCUAGAACAAAUGAAGGUUAAGUGCCUUUGCUCAAGGGUACUUCGGCAUAUCUUUCACCUUGUCUGCUCGGGUAUUCGAACCAGCGACCUUUCGGUUACUGGCCCAACGUAUGUGUGUAUAGGCUAGUUAAUCAUAAGGAAUGGUGAGAGCAAGGUAGAGGUUGUUAAUUAGUAAUAUUGAAUCCCUGUGUGCUAUUAACGUUAGCUAGCUAGUGAUUAACUUGAUGAAUUGUGUCGGUCGACUCAGUGUGUGUGUGUGCGCUAGUCUGAUAAAAUAGUGGCUAAUGGAAAAUAGUGGCUGAUGUGAUGGAGGAGCAGUAGUAUUGCCCGCCUCUCUGGCCCUGCCUCAUUUUUCCAUCACCAGUCACACAGUCAAUGGAGGGAGGCUAACCGCUUAUACGCUCUAUACACACACACACACACACACACACAUAAUUACACACACACACAUUCACAUGCAUGUACACACACUCUACACUAUCUCUCUCUCUCGCUCUCUCUCUAUCUCUCUCUCCAUGCUCGCCAGUCCCCACCAUACAUCUCCCGUCAACUGCCAUUGACUGACGGUUGACAUUCCCAUAAACUACCCCCUCCAGUCACACACACACACACACACACACACACACACACACACACACAAGCUCCUACAGUCUCAGAGCUGUAAUCAUAGAUCUUUGUUAACAUGUUCUCAACCUGAUUAUCAGGAUCAGGAUAGGCGUUAACAAAGGGAAUGGUCACGGUAAUGGAUGUUGUAGCUCAGUUGGUAGAGCAUGGCGCUUGCAACGCCAGGGUUGUGGGUUUGAUUCCCACGUGGGGCCAGUAUGAAAAUGUAUGCACUCACUAACUGUAUGUCGCUCUGGAUAAGAGGGUCUGCUAAAUGACUAAAAUGUAAAUGUCUUCAGACCCUCCCUGACUCCCCUCCAGCAGAGCAGAGCAUACAGACUGCUUUGAAGCAUGAGGUAGUACGCCAGUCAAAGCCUUCUGUGCCCAGUAGUGCGUGUCUGUCUCUGUAUUUCUAGUACAGAAAGGAUAGUGUGUCUGUAUUUUGAUAAGGUGAAGAGAAGGUCAACUGAAGAACCUGCACACUGAAAUACACUUUUGGCUCUCAAAUGUGUGUCAAUGCCUCGACUCUUCACUGUAACAUUUACUAACAAGGCACCUCAGGUCUCCCUGUGUUUUAACAACAAUCCUCUCCCUUUUCCUCCCCUCUCCCUUCCAGAAUCCCCAGGACUGCUCCAAGGCCAGGAAGCUGGUGUGUAACAUCAACAAGGGCUGUGGCUACGGCUGCCAGCUGCACCAUGUGGUCUACUGCUUCAUGAUCGCCUACGGCACCCAGCGCACCCUUAUCCUGGAGUCCCAGAACUGGCGCUAUGCCACGGGAGGCUGGGAGACCGUCUUCCUCCCAGUCAGUCAGACUUGCACUGACCGCACCGGGGUCACCACCGGACACUGGUCAGGUGAGUUGACCAUGAUGUGAUUCUGACCUCUGAUAAUGGGGCCAUGUCCAUGGCAACAGGCCACACGCAGACUGAACACAUUCUGCCCUCUGUCCUCAGUUGGGUUUGUGUCCAUAGCUACAGACCUCACACAGUGUGUAGGAUACCAUAGAAACAGAAUGACAUUAUACAUCUAUGCAUGGUACAUGGAGAAUGGUGAUGAGUAGUGUGGAGCUUUGAGUCUGCCCCUACUCUGUUUUAGUCUUUCUUCUCAUAUCAGAAGGGGCUACUACAGGUCUUGGAAUAUGAUGAAAAACAGAAUACAAUGAAAAACAGCCUGAGAGAGAGAGAGAGUGAGAGAGCCUGCCUCCCAACUGUAGAGAUGUUUUUUUUUUAACACAAAGCUUCCAUGUGUUGUGCCUGAGGGAGAGAAUGCCUUCCAAACAUGAAAGAACUGACCUCAAAAACAACACAAUUGUACCCUUCUAUCUUUGUUCAGAGGGCUCGUCUUCCUGUCCCAGGGACACUGCUGAAGUAGGUCCUCCAGUCGAGAGGAGGUGAGGAGAAAAGACAGACACUCGAAGAACAAAGUGUGGAAGACAGGAAAGACGAGGGAGAGAGAGAGGGAGGGAAGGAGAGAGCGUCAGAGACUGAAGGAGAGAACAGAGAAGGGAAGAUAGAAGAGACUAGGAGAGGAGAGAAAGGAGGAGAAGGAGAGACUGGAGGAAUAAAGGGAGGUGGCGAGAAGAGGAGGGAGAGAGAAGAUGAGAGGCAAGAGGAAACGAGAGACUGACUGGAGGGAGAGAAGGAGAGAGAAGGAGCGAAGAAAGGAGAACAUCAUAGAAUUACAAUAUAUGACGCACAGACAUUUACAUUGCUAGCCUACUGAGAUAAAUAGAAAAUUGGUGCAUUAUGUAGGAAACCGGGUGCCAUUUGGAAAGCAACCAUAGGGACUCUAGCCUUGAGCCUUGAGCUGUGACUGGGCUGUGUAGAACAGAAGAGUGACUGUCACCGACCCAGUGUGAUUUUAUUACCAUCGUUAAAGCACUAUGUAGUUUACGACAUUGGUAAACGAUUGGCUGUCUGAGACAUUGAUGGGCCCUUGUCAGGUCUGAGGCAGAGGGGAACAGAAGGACAGAGACAGACAUCACUACCGUGGUGGAUGGAUUAUAUCCCUAUCCCACACUCAAACACUCUCAGCAUGAAUUACAACAAACACACACCCUCUAACCCCCCCCCCCCCUCCCUCCCCCCUUCAUUUCUUCAAGAUGUAAUUUAGAUUUUAGGUCUUUCCUAAUUAGCCUGAGAAGGGAGAAACCAGGGGUAGAAAGGGAGAGAGAAAGGGCAGAGUGAGAGAGAGAGAAAUAAAGGAUCUCUCUACCCUUUCUUCACUUUCUCUCUUCCUUUCCUCCAUGGGAAUGUCCCAUUGUAAUAAGUAACUCAUUCAUAUUUUAUUGACUUGAUAACUGAUCAUUUAAACUGUACUUGAGGCAUGUGACACUAAUUAUUACUCUCAACAGCACUCCUAUACUCACAGAGGAAGGGUGAAGGACUACAAUAGCACUUUAACUAACCACUCACAGGCCACAAAAUACCUUUGUCUUGUGUUUUUAAUAAUAAGAACUGUACGACAGGGUGUCCUGGGGGGAUAGAGAGAGAGAGAGAGAGAGAGAGAGAGAGAGAGAGAGAGAGAGAGAGAGAGACUUCUCCCUGUGUUCUGCUGUUCAGACAGCUCAUGAUGCUCAGUGCAUCUUUACUGCUACAUGCAUCAAACCCCCGUGCUGGAGGCUAGUGAGCUGAUCAUUUAUAUAUUGCUGUGUCUGUAUGUCAAAAGCACUCUAUUAUUACCUUCCAUCUCUCUCUCUUCCUCUCUGACACUGUCUCUCUCUCGGUCUCUUUACCUCUCCCUAUCUGCCUUCCACUCUUUAUUAACCUCCACUCCUCCCUCUCUCCCCCCAGGUGAGGCUAAUGACAGAGAUGUCCAGGUGGUAGAGUUGCCCAUCGUGGACAGCCUGCACCCCCGCCCCCCCUACCUGCCCCUGGCCAUUCCCGAGGACCUGGCCCAGCGCCUCCACCGGCUCCAUGGUGACCCAUCCGUCUGGUGGGUGUCUCAGUUUGUCAAGUACCUGAUCCGGCCCCAGGCCUGGCUGGAGAAGGAGAUCCAGGAUACCACCGCCAAACUGGGCUUUAGGCACCCCAUCAUAGGGUAGGUGGACGCACUAUGCAUGCAAGCACACAUGUACUGUAUGUGCGUACACACACACAUACACAGACACACAAAUGCUAUAUAUUUUUGGCCCCUCUAUCUAUCUCUGUCUUAAUGGAUACACACAUGCCCACACAUUCCUUAUCGCUAUCCCCACUGAGAGAUGUAAUUGAAAAGUAAAAGCAGUUAUUUUCCUUUUAUGUUGUGGGAGAGAGGGAGGGAGGGAGGGAGGGAGAAGGUAGAGUCCUGUGAAGUGCUGGGUUGUCUGUCUCUUUGUAGUGAGCAGUGGGAUCUCCUCUCCCCUCAGACCUUCUCAGGAAGUACCACACUGUAAGGCAGGUGUCGGCAACAGGUGUGAUUUAUAUAGUUCCCACAUAUGCUGAGCACUUGUUGGCUGCUUUUCCUUCACUCUGUGGUCCGACACAUCCCAAACCAUCUCAAUUUGGUUGAGGUCGGGGGAUUGUGGAGGCCAGGUCAUCUGAUGCAGCACUCCAUCACUCUCCUUCUUGGUAAAAUAGCCCUUACACAGCCUCGAGGUGUGUUGGGUCAUUGUCCUGUUGAAAAACAAAUGAUAGUCCCACUAAGCCCAAACCAGAUGGGAUGGCGUAUCGCUGCAGAAUGCUUUGGUAGCCAUGCUGGUUAAGUGUGCCUUGAAUUCUAAAUAAAUCACAGACAGUGGCACCAGCAAAGCACCCCCACACCAUAACACCUCCUCCUCCAUGCUUUACCGUGGGAACUACACAUGCAGAGAUCAUCCAUUCACCCACACCACGUCUCACAAAGACACAGUGGUUUGAACCAAAAAUCUGCAAUUUGGAUUCCAGACCAAAGGACACAUUUCCACCGGUCUAAUGUCCAUUGCUCGUGUUUCUUGGCCCAAGCAGGUCUCUUCUUCUUAUUGGUGUCCUUUAGUAGUGGUUUAUUUGUAGCAAUUCAACCAUGAAGGCCUGAUUCACACAGUCCCCUCUGAACAGUUGAUGUUGAGAUGUGUCUGUUACUUGAACUCUGUGAAGCAUUUAUUUGGGCUGCAAUUUCUGAGGCUGGUAACUCUAAUGAACGUAUCCUCUGCAGCAGAGGUAACUCUGGGUCUUGCAUUCCUGUGGUGGUCUUCAUGAGAGCCAGUUUCAUCAUAGUGCUUGAUGGUUUUGCAACUGCACUUGAAGAAACUUUCGAAGUUCUUGAAAUGUUCCGUAUUGACUGACCUUCAUGUCUUAAAGUAAUGAUGGACUGUCGUUUCUCUUUGCUUAUUUGAGCUGUUCUUGCCUUGGUAUUUGACCAAAUAGGGUUAUCUUCUGUAUACCACCCUACCUUGUCACAACACAACUGAUUGGCUCAAAUGCAUUAAGAAGGAAAUAAAUUCCACAAAUUAACUUUUAAGAAGGCACAUCUGUUAAUUGAAAUGCAUUCCAGGUGACUACCUCAUGAAGCUGGUUGAGAGACUGCCAAGAGUGUGCAAAGCUGUCAUCAAGGCAAAGGGUGGCUAUUUGAAGAAUCUCAAAUAUAAAAUAUAUUUUGAUUUGUUUAACACUUUUUUGGUUACUACAUGAUUCCAUAUGUGUUAUUUCAUAGUUUUGAUGUCUUCACUAUUAUUCUACAAUGUAGAAAAUAGUAAAAAUAAAGAAAAACCCUUGAAUGAGUAGGUGUGUCUAAACGUUUGACUGGUAGUGUAUGUAUAUAUACAGUGGGGGAAAAAAGUAUUUAGUCAGCCACCAAUUGUGCAAGUUCUCUCACUUAAAAAGAUGAGAGAGGCCUGUAAUUUUCAUCAUAGGUACACGUCAACUAUGACAGACAAAAUGAGAGAAAAAAAUCCAGAAAAUCACAUUGUAGGAUUUUUAAUGAAUUUAUUUGCAAAUUAUGGUGGAAAAUAAGUAUUUGGCCAAUAACAAAAGUCAUCAAUACUUUGUUAUAUACCCUUUGUUGGCAAUGACACAGGUCAAACGUUUUCUGUAAGUCUUCACGAGGUUUUCACACACUGUUGCUGGUAUUUUGGCCCAUUCCUCCAUGCAGAUCUCCUCUAGAGCAGUGAUGUUUUGGGGCUGUCGCUGGGCAACACAGACUUUCAACUCCCUCCAAAGAUUUUCUAUGGGGUUGAGAUCUGGAGACUGGCUAGGCCACUCCAGGACCUUGAAAUGCUUCUUACGAAGCCACUCCUUCGUUGCCCGGGCGGUGUGUUUGGGAUCAUUGUCAUGCUGAAAGACCCAGCCACGUUUCAUCUUCAAUGCCCUUGCUGAUGGAAGGAGGUUUUCACUCAAAAUCUCACGAUACAUGGCCCCAUUCAUUCUUUCCUUUACACGGAUCAGUCGUCCUGGUCCCUUUGCAGAAAAACAGCCCCAAAGCAUGAUGUUUCCACCCCCAUGUUUCACAGUAGGUAUGGUGUUCUUUGGAUGCAACUCAGCAUUCUUUGUCCUCCAAACACGACGAGUUGAGUUUUUACCAAAAAGUUAUAUUUUGGUUUCAUCUGACCAUAUGACAUUCUCCCAAUCCUCUUCUGGAUCGUCCAAAUGCACUCUAGCAAACUUCAGACGGGCCUGGACAUGUACUGGCUUAAGCAGGGGGACACGUCUGGCACUGCAGGAUUUGAGUCCCUGGCGGCGUAGUAUGUUACUGAUGGUAGGCUUUGUUACUUUGGUCCCAGCUCUCUGCAGGUCAUUCACUAGGUCCCCCCGUGUGGUUCUAGGAUUUUUGCUCACCGUUCUUGUGAUCAUUUUGACCCCACGGGGUGAGAUCUUGCGUGGAGCCCCAGAUCGAGGGAGAUUAUCAGUGGUCUUGUAUGUCUUCCAUUUCCUAAUAAUUGCUCCCACAGUUGAUUUCUUCAAACCAAGCUGCUUACCUAUUGCAGAUUCAGUCUUCCCAGCCUGGUGCAGGUCUACAAUUGUGUUUCUGGUGUCCUUUGACAGCUCUUUGGUCUUGGCCAUAGUGGAGUUUGGAGUGUGACUGUUUGAGGUUGUGGACAGGUGUCUUUUAUACUGAUAACAAGUUCAAACAGGUGCCAUUAAUACAGGUAACGAGUGGAGGACAGAGGAGCCUCUUAAAGAAGAAGUUACAGGUCUGUGAGAGCCAGAAAUCUUGCUUGUUUGUAGGUGACCAAAUACUUAUUUUCCACCAUAAUUUGCAAAUAAAUUCAUAAAAAAUCCUACAAUGUGAUUUUCUGGAGAAAAAAAAUCUCAAUUUGUCUGUCAUAGUUGACGUGUACCUAUGAUGAAAAUUACAGGCCUCUCUCAUAUUUUUAAGUGGGAGAACUUGCACAAUUGGUGGCUGACUAAAUACUUUUUUCCCCCACUGUGUAUAUAUAUAUAUAUUAUUAUUAUUAUUAUUAUUAUUAUUAUUGUUUUUUUUGGGGGGGGGGGGGGCGGUCAAAAAAUAUUGUAAAAUCACCAGGAAUUCAACUAAUAAUAAUUUAGGAAAUCUGUACCCAAGUAUUCCCACCAAUAAAAAAAAGAGACAUAUGUGAUUGUAUCUCAAUGUAAUCCAGGUAUGAAAUUAUUGUUAUUUUUCAAAUAAAAUCUAUUUUUGGGUUUAGUAGUGGUCAAUUUGCAGUGUACAGUACAAAUUAUUAGAAUUAUGUUCCGGCCCCCUGACCAUCCACUCAGACAAAAAUGUAGUUACCUACCCCUGCUGUAAUGGUUAUAAGGCUAUGGCUAUAUCCCAAUAUUCUGAACUGAGGGAGGCAUCUAAGAGCAUUGUGACCCAACCUGUGAUGCCAUGAGCUCUGUAGGGCCUGUAGACUGUUGAUGGACUGUUGUGGAGUGAGAUGCCAGUUGGAGGGGAAAGGGCUAAAGAGGCAGACUAGGAGGACUGUCAGACAAUCUCCAAGGACCUGCACUGCACUUAACACUACAGCUGCACCAUUGAGAGCAUUUGACUGGCUGCAUCACCGCUUGGUAUGUCAACUGCUUGGCAUCCGACCUCAAGGCGCUACUGAAGUUUGUGCGUACGGCCCAGUACAUCACUGGGGCCGAGCUCGCUGCCAUCCAGGACCUCUAUACCAGGCGGUGUCAGAGGAAGGCCCUAAAAAUUGUCAAUGACUCAAGCCACCAAGUCAUAGACUGUUCUCUCUGCUACCACAUGGCAAGCGGUACCAAUGCACCAAUUCUGGAACCAACAAGACCCUGAACAGCUUCCACCCCCAAGCCAUAAGACUGCUAAAUAGUUAAUCAAAUAGCUACCCGGACUAUCUGUAUUGACCCUUUUUGCUCUAACUCUUUUGACUCAUCACAUACGCUGCUGCUACUGUUUAUUAUCUAUCCUGUUGCCUAAUCACUUUACCCCUACCUAUAUGUACAUACAGUAUCCACCUCAAUUACCUCAUACCCCUGCACAUCAACUCAGCACUGGUACCCCAUGUAUAUAGCCAAGUUAUCGUUACUCAUUGUGUAUUUAUUCCUUGUGUUAUUAUAUUUUUUAUUAUUCUCUGCAUUGUCAGUAAGCAUUUCACUGUUAGUCUACACCUGUUAUUUACGAAGCAUGUGGCAAAUACAAUUUGAUUUGAGAGAGAGAGAGAGGGAGAGAGAGAGAGAGAGAAUGAGCGAGAGCUGAAGAGAAUCAGAGGGAGAGUGCUGCAUGCUCCAGCCACUCUCCAAACAACCCACUCUGCCAUCCAUCACUAGAAAACACCAUGACCUUCACUAUAGGAGAGGAGCGCUCUGCUUCACACACACACAAUCACUCACACACAAACACACCUGCAGAGACAUGCGGACAGACACACAUACACACACACUCCCCUAACUCAACUCCUCUGACCCAUCUUCCCUAUAUGUCCUGUCCUGUAGGGUCCAUGUGAGACGGACAGACAAGGUGGGGACAGAGGCAGCCUUCCACCCUAUAGAGGAGUACAUGGUGCAUGUAGAGGACCACUUCCAACACCUAGCUAGACGCAUGCUGGUGGACAAGAAGAGAGUCUACUUGGCCACUGACGACCCCUCACUACUACAGGAGGCCAAGGCUAAGUACGUAUGCCUGGCUGUGUGUGCAUGUGCGUGUGUGUGUGUGUGUGUGUGUGUGUGUGUGUGUGUGUGUACGUGCCACUGGCAGUGUGGGUGUGUGUGUCUGCAAGAAUGUCUUGUGGUAUUAUGGAUCUGUUUGUGUGACGAGAAGCUGUAUUUGAUGUGUGCCAAAGUACUAAGAAUACAAGAAUGAAUGCCGUAUGCACGUUGAUAUCUGUAUUAUCCUUUAGCUCUCUGACUGCCUCUGUCUCUGUGUGUGUCUCAGGUACCCAGACUAUGAGUUCAUCAGUGAUAACUCCAUCUCGUGGUCUGCGGGGCUCCAUAACCGCUACACAGAGAACUCUCUGAGAGGAGUCAUCCUGGAUAUUCACUUCCUGUCCCAGACCAACUUCCUGGUCUGCACCUUCUCCUCACAGGUGACCUUUCACCUCCUACCUUACCUACUCCUCUUCUUCCUCCUCCUCUUUCUCCUUCUUCCUCCUCUUUCUCCUUCUUCAAGGUCAAAGCCUUGCUCAACCUUUUUAGCUUUUCAUCCAAACCUUUACUUUGGGAACGCCCAUACAAUAAUAAUACCUAACUAAUAAGCCAUUGAAUGCUACUGUACCGUAACUAGUGCCUUUUCCUGGUCAGGUCACAAGGUCCUAACCAUAACCACCACCAUAGAACCAGGCCGCGGGGCCAGACGGAUUACCAGGAUGUGUACUCAGAGCAAGUGUCUUCACUGACAUUUUCAACCUCUCCCUGACCGAGUCUGUAAUACCUACAUGUUUCAAGCAGACUACCGUAGUCCCUGUGCACAAGAAAGCGAAGGUAACCUGCCUAAAUGACUACCGCCCCGUAGCACUCACGUCGGUAGCCAUGAAGUGCUUUGAAAGACUGGUCAUGGCUCACAUCAACACCAUCAUCCCGGAAACCCUAGACCCACUCCAAUUCACAUACCGCCCCAACAGAUCCACAGAUGGCGCGAUCUCAACCGCACUCCACACUGCCCUUUCCCACCUGGACAAAAGGAACACCUAUGUGAGAAUGCUGUUCAUUAACUCCAGCCCAGCGGUCAACACCAAAGUGCCCUCAAAGCUCAUCACUAAACUAAGGACCCUGGGACUAAACACAUCCCUCUGCAACUGGAUCCUGGACUUCCUGACGGGCUGCCCCCAGGUGGUAAGGUUAGGCAACAACACAUCUGCCACGCUGAUCCUCAACACAGGGGCCCCUUAGAGGUGCGUGCUUAGUCCCAUCCUGUACUCCCUGUUCACCCACAACUGCGUGGCCAAGCACAACUCCAACACCAUCAUUAAGUUUGCUGACUACACAACAGUGGUAGGCCUGAUCACCAACAACGAUGAGACAGCCUAUAAGGAGGAGGUCAGAGACCUGGCAGUGUGGUGCCAGGACAACAACCUAUCCCUCAACGUGAGAAAGAGAAAGGAGAUGAUCGUGGACUACAGGAAAAGGAGGGCCGAACACGCCCCCAUUCACAUCGAAGGGGCUGUAGUGGAGCGGGUCGAGAGUUUCAAGUUCCUUGGUGUCCACAUCACCAAGAAACUAUCAUGGUCCAAACACACCAAGACAGUUGUGAAGAGGGCAUGACAACACCUUUCCCCCUCAGGAGACUAAAAAGAUUUAGCAUGGGUCCCCAGAUCCUCAAAAAGUUAUACAGCUGCACCAUCGAGCAUCCUGACCGGUUGCAUAACCGCCUGGUAUGGCAACUGCUCGGUAUCCAACCGUAAGGCGCUACAGAGUGUAGUGCGUACGGCCCAGUACAUCACUGGGGCCAAGCUUCCUGCCAUCCAGGACCUAUAUACUAGGCAGUGUCAAAGGAAGGCCCAAAGAAUUGUCAAAGACUCCAGUCACCCAAGUAAUAGACUGUUCUCUCUGCUACUGCACGGCAAGCGGUACCGGAGCACCAAGUCUAGGUCCAAAAGGCUCCUUAACAGCUUCUACCACCAAGCCAUAAGACUGCUGAACAAUUAAUUAAAUGGCCACCUGGACUAUUUACAUUGACCCCCUUUUUUUUACACUGCUGCUACUUGCUGUUUAUUAUCUAUGCAUAGUCACUUUACCCUUACCUACAUGUACAAAUUACCUCGACUAACCUUUAGCCCCGCACAUUGACUCGGAACCGGUACCCCCUGUAUAUAGCCUCGGUAUUGUGUUACUUUUUUUAUUUUAUUUUUAACUCUAUUUUUUUAACUGCAUUGUUGGUUAAGGGCUUUUCACAUUAAGGUCUACAACUGUUGUAUUCGGCGCAUGUGACAAAUAACAUUUGAUUUGAUAAAAUUGUCUGCUAAAUGGUAUAUAUUAUUAUUAUUAUUAUUAUUAUUAGCCUUAAUUCAUCAGUGCAUGGACUUUACUCUAUACUCAAACCGGUGCACCUGGCACCUACUACCAUACCCCGUUCAAAGGCACUUAAAUAUUUUGUCUUGCCCAUUCACCCGCUGAAUGGCACAUAUACAGUCGUGGUCAAAUGUUUUGAGAAUGACACCAAUAUUACUUUUCACAAAGUCUGCUGCCUCAAAUUUUAUGAUGGCAAUUUGCAUAUACUCCAGAAUGUUAUGAAGAGUGAUCAGAUGAAUUGCAAUUAAUUGCAAAGUCCCUCUUUGCCAUGAAAAUGAACUUAAUCCCCCAAAAAAACAUUUCCACUGCAUUUCAGCCCUGACACAAAAGGACCAGCUGCCAUCAUGUCAGUGAUUCUCUCAUUAACACAGGUGAGAGUGUUGACGAGGACAAGGCUGGAGAUCACUCUGUCAUGCUGAUUGAGUUAGAAUAACAGACUGGAAGCUUUAAAAGGAGGGUGGUGCUUGAAAUCAUUGUUCUUCCUCUGUUAACCAUGGUUACCUGCUAAGAAACACGUGCCGUCAUCCUUGCUUUGUACAAAAACGGCUUCACAGGCAAGGAUACUGCUGCUAGUAAGAUUGCACCUAAAUCAACCAUUUAUCGGAUCAUCAAGAACUUCAAGGAGAGAGGUUAAAUUGUUGUGAAGAAGGCUUCAGGGCGCCCAAGAAAGUCCAGCAAGCGCCAGGACCGUCUCCUAAAGUUGAUUCAGCUGCGGGAUCGGGGCACCACCAGUGCAGAGCUUGCUCAGGAAUGGCAGCAGGCAGGUGUGAGUGCAUCUGCACGCACAGUGAGGCAAAUACUUUUGGAGGAUGGCCUGGUGUCAAGAAGGGCAGCGAGGAAGCCACUUCUCUCCAGGAAAAACAUCAGGGACAGACUGAUAUUCUGCACAAGAUACAGGGAUUGGACUGCUGAGGACUGGGGUAAAGUCAUUUUCUCUGAUGAAUCCCCUUUCCGAUUGUUUGGGGCAUCCGGAAAAAAGCUUGUCCGGAGAAGACAACGUGAGCGCUACCAUCAGUCCUGUGUCAUGCCAACAGUAAAGCAUCCUGAGACCAUUCAUGUGUGGGGUUGCUUCUCAGCGAAGGGAGUGGGCUCACUCACAAUUUUGCCUAAGAACACAGCCAUGAAUAAAGAAUGGUACCAACACAUCCUCCGAGAGCAACUUCUCCCAACCAUCCAAGAACAGUUUGGUGACGAACAAUGCCUUUUCCAGCAUGAUGGAGCACCUUGCCAUAAGGCAAAAGUGAUAAUAAGUGGCUCGGGGAACAAAACAUCGGAAUUUUGGGUCCAUGGCCAGGAAACUCCCCAGACCUUAAUCCCAUUGAGAAUUUGUGGUCAAUCCUCAAGAGCCGGGUGGACAAACAAAAAAAAAACUAAUUCUGACAAACUCCAAGCAUUGAUUAUGCAAGAAUGGGGUGCCAUCAGUCAGUAUGUGGCCCAGAAGUUAAUUGACAGCAUGCCAGGGCGGAUUGCAGAGGUCUUGAAAAAGAAGGGUCAACACUGCAAAUAUUGACUCUUUGCAUAAACUGAAUGUAAUUGUCAAUAAAAGCGUUUGACACUUAUAGAAUGCUUGUAAUUAUACUUCAGUAUACCAUAGUAACAUCUGACAAAAAUAUCUAAAAACACUGAAGCAGCAAACUUUGUGAAGACCAAUACUUGUGUCAUUCUCAAAACUUUUGACCACAACUGUACACAUUUCAUGUCUCAAGGCUUAAGAAAUCUUCUUUAACCUGUCUCCUCCCCUUCAUCUACACUGAUUUGAAGUGGAUUUAACAGGUGACCUCAAUAAGGGAUCAUAGCUUUCGCCUGGAUUCACCUGGUCAGUCUAUGUCAUGGAAAGAGCAGGUGGUCCUAAUGUUUUGUACACUCAGUGUGUGUGUGUAUAUAUAUAUAUAUAUAUAUAUAUAUAUAUAUAUAUAUAUAUAUAUAUAUAUAUAUAUUAGCCUCUGUGUUUCAUUUCUCAUGCAGUCCUGUGUGUUGUGUUGUGUUCCUGCUCCAGGUGUGUCGUGUGGCCUAUGAGAUCAUGCAGACCCUCCACCCUGACGCCUCAUCCCACUUCCACUCCCUGGAUGACAUCUACUACUUCGGGGGCCAGAACGCCCACAACCAGCUAGCUGUGUACGCCCAUCAGCCCCGGAGCUCCGACGACAUCCCCUUAGAGCCCGGCGACCUGAUCGGGGUGGCGGGGAACCACUGGGACGGCAACUCCAAGGGCAUCAACCGCAAGACGGGCCGCACCGGCCUCUACCCAUCCUACAAGGUGAAGGAGAAGAUCGAGACCAUAAAGUAUCCUACAUACCCCGAGGCAGAUAAGAUGCUGAAUCAGUAG